AUGUUUGCCAACUGGAAGCGCGACCCAGCCCCGAUAGCUCCGGACCCCAUGGAUCCGCUGAUGAGCCCGAUCCACGCUAGACCAUGGACACCCUCGCCGCGCUCAUUCUCAAGCGCCGCAGAGGAUGUCACCACUAGUACCGCCAGUAUUCUCGGCAGCGGCUUCCUCUCCAGGACUCCAUCGCCGGACCGGCAGCGCCUCGAGCUGGAGCUGUUCCACCGGUGGUCGUCGCACACGUACCGCGGCUUGUGCAUACUGCCCGAGUGCGCGGGCUACUUCGCCACGUCGCUGCCGCGGUCCAUGCUCCAGCACGAUUUUAUGCUCAGUGCCGUCCUGGCCCUGUCGGCCCUCGACAUCGCCCUCGCAAACGUCGACCGCGGACGCGAGGUAGAGGGCAGGAGGUAUUUACAAGCCGCCCUCGAGUACUGCACCGCCGCGACGGAGCAGUUCCGCGGCGCCAUAGGGAGCGGUGACACCAGUGGUGGUGAUAGUGGCAAUGAUGAAGGCGGCGGCGGCGGCAGCGGCGGCGACGGCACAGUCAACACAGCACCCGUGCCCGUCACGCGCGAGAACAUCGACACCUUUACCCACUUUGCCACCCUCAACGGCUUCUUCCACCUCGCCCUCCCGUCGGUUGGCGGCGGCGGCGGCACCGCCGGAAAAGGCGGCAUUAUCAGCACGGACGACCCGCCCCCGCUCAUCCCACCCCCGGACGAGCUGAUCCAGUCGACGCCGGCCAUCUCGCGCUUCCACUCAUACCUGUGCAUGUUCGCAGGCUCGGUCCACACGGCCUCGCUCAACUGGGAAUGGUACAUGUCGAGCCCGGCGGGGUCGUCGCCGCGCCUGCUCGCCGCCGCCGCCACCGCUACGGACAAGGACUGGGAGGCGCGGGAGCUCAUCGACCCCGAGACCCGGGCGAUGCUGCACCGAGCGGAACGCAUCACGCGCACGGUGCGCGUUUCCUCGUGGCGCCAAGGGCGCGCCGUGGUCGGCGACGACGGCGCCGGCCUGAGCGACGACCAGGUGUUUUGGGAGAUACCCUCGUACCGCGGGGCUGUGGCCACGCUGGCCGAGAAGUUUGCCGAGCUCGAGCUCGGCCGCAUGAUCGCCCCCUUCCGCGUCAUGGUGGGCGGCAGCACCCGCACCGGUCGCCGCCUGGUUGCCGGCGACGACGAGCAGCUGCAGCGCGCACUCGGCGGCGAGUACCUGGUCGGCCUGGGCAGCCGCGAGCCCGUCGCGCUCAUCGUCACCAUCUUCAUCUUUGUCUGCGUCGCCCGCACCCUCAAGGGCCGGUACGGCGCCAUGUUGUGGUGGGUCAGGUCCCUGGCCGUCGAGAUUAUCGAGGAGACGACGACGAUAUGCAUGCGGGAGAUUGGUUACCUCGAAGAUACGAGGGAAGUCUGCAAAUGGGCGAGGAAGGAGGUCGGGUUAGAUCCGUUAUAG